AUGAAACCUGGUGAAUUGUUUGCGCGUCUUAAAGACAAACCCGAAUGGCAUGAUGGAUCUGAAAAUAUGGGAGCGAAAUCAAAAAAGAAAAAGAAAUCGAAGAAAGUAAGAGAGCCGAAAGAAUCGAAUGAGCCAUCAACAAGUACGAAAAAAGAAGGCCCAAAAAGAAAAUCGAAUGAACCAUCAACAAGUAAAUCUGUUAUACCGAAGAAAAAGAAGAAAUCGAAGCGUAACUCUUCUCCUAAAAAACAACCGGCAAAAGUUCCACGAAAUUCUCCUAGUGUUCCAUCAAGAAACUCCGAAUUUAUCAAAAAAAUCCUCACCGGAUUCCUACCCGCUCCAAAUUCCUCGUCAGAAAAGCGAUCGAGUCGUCGAGCUCCUGAAGUUCAAGAAAAUCGUACGGUUCCACCAAGAGAUGCUCCAACUGGACGGGGAGCUCCGCGAGGUGCUGGAAGAAGUGCUGCUCGAGAAUCUGGAAGAGAUGCUCCCGCUGGGCGGGGUUCGUUUUCUGGAAGAGGUGCUCUGCGAGGACGGGGGGCUCCACGAGGUGUUGGAAGAGGUGCAGCUCGAGAAUCUGGAAGAGGUGAUGAAAGAUCAUCUAGAAAUAGUGCUGAACUUGGAAGAUCGGAACGUGGAAGAGGUCGAGGAUCUACUCGUGGAAGAGGAGCUCCACGUGGAUCGGAUAGAGGUGCAAUGCGUGGACGUGGUGCGCCAAGAGGUGCUCCACGUGGAAGAGGUGCUCUUCGAGGUGGACGUGGGGCUCCGCGAGGAAUUUUACGUGGAAGAGGUGCUCCGCGAGGAAUGACACGUGGAAGAGGUGCUCCAAGAGGAAGAGGAAUGACACGUGGAGCAAUCAGAGGUCGUGGUUUACGAGGACGUGGUGGUAUUCGUCGAAAAAUCACAAAAAGACCGAAAAGCGCGAAACCCGCACCUUUCCCGCCGAUGAUUCAAACUGAAGAGCAAAAAAUCACCGCCUCGAUUGUUGUCAAAGAUGCUUUGAAGAGAAUUCAACGUGGAAAUGAGUCACCGGACUAUGAAUGCUUCACAGAUUAUGAAAAUACUUCAGGAUCAUCAGAAUCUGAAUGGUUUACUGAUGAUGAUGAAGAUAGGUAUGAUGUGAGAGAAAAGGGAACCCAAGUUUUGUGUAGCCUAAAAGUAGCCUAAAAUCUAGACCCAAUUUUGUUCUUACAGAUCUCCACGUCGUCGCAGUAGAUCUCCUGGUCGUCGUCCUCGAGUUAUUGAUCAUCGAGAUCGUCGUUCACCUCGCAGAUCUCCACCGCGUAGUCGACUUCCUGGACCAGAACGCCGUGAUGUGAUGCCAUUUAAUCCUCGACAUUCACCACCGAAAAAUGCGAAACUCGAAUUAUCAGCUGAUGAAAGAGAUCAACGAACAUUAUUCAUAAUGCAAAUCGCAAGAGAUACUCGUCCAAGAGAUUUGGAAGAAUUCUUUUCAGCAGUUGGUGCUGUUCGUGAUGUUCGAAUUAUUACUGAUAGUCGAACUGGAAGAUCGAAAGGAAUAUGUUAUGUGGAAUUUUGGGAUGAAGAUUCGGUUCCACUUGGAUUGGCAUUGAAUGGGCAAAGAUUGAUGGGCGCACCGUUGAUUAUUCAAAGAACAUGUUCGGAAAGAAAUCGACAAAUUAAUUCGUCGGUUGCGAAUGCGCUUGGUUUUGGAGUGGCGAAUAAUAAGGGACCAACAAAAUUGUUUGUCGAGAAUUUGCAUCCGAAAAUCAGCGAUAAAAUGUUGCAAGAGGUUUUCACAUCGUUUGGUCGAAUUGAAAGUGUUGAUUUGCCGACAGAUUCAGCUGGUGAUGGGACUGGAAAUGCUGUGGUUUUGGUGAGUUUUUUCUGGAGACUCUCUGUAGAGCAUAAAAUGAACCAAAAAUCGAGAAAAUCCCAAGUCCGUGACUCAUGUUAGAGAUGAUUUUCUCAAAAACUCCUGAAUUAGCCCUUGCUACUACAAUUUUCUAACCUCAGGUCCAAUUUUUGAGCAAAAUUCUCAAAAAAUUGGGAAAUUUCAGCUCCAGAACUCUUUUUUGAGCUGAAAACAUCAGAAAAAUUUAUUUUUGAAGAGCACAAAAAUGGAGAAUUUUCUGAAAAUCGCGAUUUUGAAAGUCCGUGACUCAUGUUAGAGAUGAUUUUAUCAAAAACUGAGUACAGGGCGAUGUUCAGGAGGGUCGAUUUACCAAAUUCACGAUUUUUGGUUUCUGAACCUCCUGAGCAUGAGUUAUGGGCUCUCAAAAACGCGAUUUUCGCGAUUUUGUGCUCAUUUUUGUGCUCUACAGGGAUUUGUGCAGUGAAAACUUUAGAAAUUAAUUUUUAAUUUUGCAGUUCCGUAGUGCUGAAGAUGCCACCAAGGCUUUCGAACAACUCAACAACUUCGAACUUGCUGGAAAAUGCAUCCGACUUUCGCUAACUGAUCCAACCGAGACAGCCAAAAAAGAAGAAGCCUCAAUCUAUCAAAGAAGUUUGGAUGAUUGCGAUAAUCGACAAGGUUUCUCAUUAGGCGCCGGUGGUCGACAACAAUUAAUGGCGAAAUUAGCGCAAGGAACUGGUGGUGGAAUGGAAUUAUCAUCAGAAGCACAAAUGGCUGCGAAUCAAGCGACAACAACUGCAAUUCCAGCGAUUGCAACACAAUGUUUCCUAUUGUCGAAUAUGUUUGAUCCAGCAAGUGAAACUGAUCCAAAUUGGGAUGUUGAUAUUCGAGAUGAUGUUAUUGAACAAUGUGCACAACAUGGUGGAGCUUUGCAUGUUUUUGUUGAUCGUGGAAGUGAGCAGGGAAAUGUUUAUGUGAAAUGUCCGUCGAUUGCGAUUGCACAUCAAGCGGUUUCAGCGUUGCAUGGAAGAUGGUUUUCUGGAAAGGUGAGGUUUUGGGAAUAUUUAGGGAAUGUUGGGAAACUUACAAUUUGUUUAAAUUUUUCAAAGUUUUUGCACAUCCAGAGUUUUUAUUAAAAGUUCUAUUUUCCUUUAAAAAAAAUCCUAUCGAAUCUAAAAUUGUUUUUUUUUUAAAUUCUGAUGCUCCGAAUUUUUCUUUCAAAAUUUGAACUCAAAUUUCACAUUUUCGUCCAAGCUAGUUUUUUAUCAAAAAUUCAAUUUUCUUUAAAAAUCCUAUCAAAUCUUAAAUUGUUUUUUUUUAAUUCUGAAACUCGAAGUUCAUGAGAGUUUGUUUUUUUUCCAGUUUUUCGAAAUAAAUUUUAGAAAAUCUUCAUUAUUUUAUCAGUUUUCCCGAAAAAUCCUAUUUUUCGAAACCAAAAUGUCGUUUUUACACAAUUUGUCAUCUUCUUCUCAAAAAUCAAUAUUUCAGGUGAUCACAGCCAACUAUGUGCCAGUCAAUUCUUAUCACGAGCUUUUCCCCGAUGCCGUUCAUUCUAGAUUGGUUUUACAAUCUCGCGCAAAUGCUGCUGCAAUUCCAGCACCGCCUAUGAAUCCAGCAGUUCCCGUAAGUUUUUUCCCUUUUUUCUCAAAAUUUUCAUUCAAAUUUCGAUUUUUGUAGGGAUACGGUUAUGGAAUGAUGCCCCCAGCACCACCAUCUUUUGGAAAUGGAGCUGGUUAUUAUUAA